CUUUAUUAAUAUAAAGUUGUAUUCGCAAUACAGAAAGAUGAAAUAAUUUAAUUCAAUGAAAAAUUGAGAGGCAAUGAAAUUAGCCAAUGAGAUUUCGAUUCCUCCCCUUUUCCACACCGUCUUGUAGCAUCGGUAAGGUUAAACAACCAUCCAAGAGCUAAUGCCAUCUGACCUUUAAGCUCUCAAAGCUUUACUUGCUUUCGGACCGACCUGUGUCCUGUCAGACAACCAUACAUUGCACCUUUCUCACCUGUUUAAUCAAAGCCGGGAAUAGUUUUUCAGUAAAAUUUCGCCAAAAAUGAUUAACACGAACUUUUGAUUGAUUCAAUUUCCAAAUGAUCAGAAACUGCAUGCAUAGGUAUAACAUGGUUCAUAUAGAUUACAACCCAAUCGGAAUAAACCCAAUUUAUUAUCGAUUCGAAACAAGAUUCGUUCAGAUCAAACUGAAUUUCCUUUCAGCUCGAGAAGAACACAAUUCAUUAAAAAAUGGAAUUUUUGCACAAAUUAAAUAUUUUGUCACUGUAUAACUUGACUAACUUUGUUAUAUUAAAACAUCAUAAAGCACCGUUUUCAGGUCUUUAGGUUUCAAUCACUAUUAAUGCAAGAAUCUGCCAUAUUGAAAAUUAUAAUAUAUUUAAUGAUAAAAACGUAAGAAGUAUUUCAAUUCCUCCUUGUAUUGCAAUUUAAAUGUUACAAUAGCUUCCAAUUAUUCUGCCGGUUAAGGAUUCUAAUUUCACAAAGUAUUCUUCAACAAAUGAAUGAACAAUUUACAAAUCGAUUAAAUGUUUUACUAAUUUAUGUGAAUAAAAUUUGACUUAUAUCAUUGUGGUAGCUUCUUAAUACAAGCAAUGAAACCAAAUGCCGAUGAUGGCGAUUCCCUGACCAUAUUUAACCGUUCAGUAGUUUAUUGCGUCUCAAAGAAGCUGUUUUGUUCAUCUAUUCAGUAUUUUGAGAAAAUGUUUUGCUGUGAUUUAUUGGAAUCAAGGGAAAACAAAGUAACUCUCGAUUUAGAUGAACACAGCUUUGAAUUGAUUGUAAACUGGGCUUACUCUGGUUGUGUUGAAAUUAACAUGAAAAAUGUGAUUCCUUUAUAUACCUGUGCUGACUAUUUAAUGAUUGACACUCUAACAACUGAAUGUAAUAUCUUUUUCUUUGCCAAAUUUACUCUCAUUGACCUUCCAAUAAUUUUAAAUACUGCCACCGAAGUGACUAAAUUAGUAAAUCGCAACAUGAUCGACUCCUUCAUCAGUCGUCAUUUCCUAAAGAUCGUCAAAUCAAAGCCAUUCUUAACAUUUCCAUUCGAAACAGUGAGACGAAUACUGAAAUUAAAUUUAUGGAUAGAUUCAGAGUUCCAAAUAUGUGAAGCCAUCGUUAAAUGGAUUGAUUAUAAUCCCGAUGAAAGGAAACAUCAUUUUGUUGAUUUAAUUAAAUUGAUUCGAUGGUGUUAUGUUGACUUUGAUGUUGCUUAUCAAAUCAAAGGCUAUCGUAGAUUCAACGAGUUGACACAAUUUACUUCAAUCAUGUGUAAAAUGGCAAAUUGUUCAAAUGGAUGUUCAUCAAAUCGAUCAAUGCAAAGUAGUUUGAUAAGCAUUUUUGAGAUUAGCAAAGAUACAAUUGAGAUUCUCAUUCAUUGUAAAACUUCUUCAUGGAUUCCUUGUGGUCUAUUCAGUCUAAAUGAGACUAUCUCUGAUUAUAUCAUUUGUGAUGAACACUUUUCAGAUGUUGUGUUUGAUGCUGGUCGAAAAGGAGUACGAAUUGAUUGGGUUCAUCGCAAGUUUCGCUGGUUAAACAUGAUUGGAUCAGCUUUAGCCUAUUAUGGACAGAUUUAUUCAGUGAUCAUGUCGCAUGUGGAAAUUCCUGAAGCUAAAGUAUUUUACUUGGAUAAUAUUAACCAGGAUUAUUCAUCUACAGAUGAGGUAUUUGGAGACUCAUUUUUUGAAUAUGCAGGUUCAUUUGUUACCGUUGGUUUUUCAAAGCUCAAGAAAUUUUUCUGUAUUUUCCCGAUUGACCGCAAAAGCUGGUAUUUCGGUGAUUUCACUGAGAAAACUGCCAUCACUGGAACAAUAAUUAAGAGAACAAUUUACAUCAUUAGUGAAGAUUUGGCAUUUAGAAUAAUCGAUCCAGUUAGUCGAAGCUGUUCUAAAACUGAACCAUUCAAAGAAUAUCAGUUUUCUUUUGAAAAUUUGCAAUUAGCAAAUCAUGAAUCUAAUUUAAUUCUUAUUGAUAAAGCAUCCAAAGACCUACUUACUUAUGAUAUUGGGAAUAAAAAAUGGACUUAUUCAGGUAAGAUGAUAAAUCCUAACCUCUUGAUAGCAAUCAGUUCAGUUAAUCUGCCAACGAAACACAUAAAGAAACUUUACAUGAAAAAAGAUUUAACACUAAAGGAUUAUCAAUAUUAUUCGAAUGACUCAGUGGCUGGAACUUCAAGAAAAUCCAAUAAAUGGGAUCAAUGUCGAGCGCAAUGACAACUCUAGUGACAUUUGUCAACUAAUCUUCGGUUCUAUGUGACACUGAAGUAAUCUGUUGGAUGAAUAUUUGUUUGGAUCAACAAUUUGAAAUAAUAUGAUGAUAUGACACGAGAUGAAAAAAUUGUCCAAACAAGUAAGGUUGACUGGUGCUAAGCGAAAAGGAAUGAGUGAAUUUCGAAUUGGGAGAGGACAAUCUCGAACAACUUUCUACGGUGAACAACAAUUUCCAUCAUGAAUAACAGAAAUAUACACGUUUUCCAAUUCUAACAGAUCACUUCACUUUUUUGAUUUGUUUACUAACCUUAAAUCACAUUACAUUGUAUUUUAUAUGUUUGUGUAGUGAAUAUUCAAAGUUUGAAAUGAGAUCAUCUUAUUACUGCAUUGUUAGCAAAUGGACUACAACUUUCCUCUAAAGAAAUUUCAAGCGAGUUUGAAAAUAAGAAAAGUAGCUCAAUUUUCGGCUAAAGGCCAAUAUAUUGAAUAUAUUGAUAAUAACUUCACUUCAUUAACCUACAGUUGUAUCCCAAUACAGAAAAAUAUAAUAAAUUAACUCAAUAAAAAAUUGAAGGUAA